AUUAACAACAAUUGGCGAAGCGUUUGCGAAUUUGCUGUUUAUCUGAUUAUAUUUAUUAAAUCAAUAAAUAUAAUCAGAAAAGCAGUAAUGUCUUUGGCAAAAUAUUUAAAUCGCUUCGUGGGCAAAGCGAGUGUAGAGGUUGCCUCGCGAAUCUGUACACUGAAACCCAUGGAGGCCGAACAUUGUGCUAUACACUUGGCAAACGGCAAAAAUGUUGUUGGACGCAGCAAGGAAACCGGCAUCCGUGAUACGCGCUGUUCCAAGAAACAAGUUCAGUUUCAAGUUGAUUUAAAACUCGGACGCAUUCAGUUAAAGGUGCUCGGGCUCAAUCCUUGUGGCAUUAAUGGCGUCAUGGCUAUGCAGGACACGGAAUGCGAGCUACAGCACGGCGACCUAUUAGAAAUUGUCUACGGGCGGCAUCCAUACGAGGUAGUCUUCAAUCCUGCACCAGAAAAUCAAAGCCAGUGCCAAGAAGGCAGCACAGAGGAGCAAACAUCAGAUCCAGUGGGUGCUCCCACUGAGGAAGAGAAGUGGGACGCGGUUGCGAGUGGUAAAUUGGUAAUUUACAGUAGCGCCGGUUUGACUGCUUCCGCGAAAAUUGCUGGCUAUGAUAUGGAUGGCACCAUUAUUAAGACAAAGUCCGGGAAUGUUUUUCCGAAGAACACAGACGACUGGCAAAUUAUCUAUCCCGAGGUGCCCGAGAAGCUUCAGCGUUUGCACAAAGACGGCUUCAAAAUUUGUUUCUUUACCAAUCAGGGCGGCAUAGCGCGCGGCAAAAUCAAACUACAAGAUUUUAAAGUAAAAAUCAUAAACAUAGUAAAGAAAUUGGGUGUACCCGUGCAGGUGUUCAUAGCUAUAGGCAAUGGUUACUAUCGGAAGCCGUUGCCAGGCAUGUGGGAACAUCUCAAGAAUGAAAUGAAUGACAAUGUGGCUAUAAACCAGGAUCGUUGCUUCUUUGUUGGCGAUGCAGCUGGCAGACCAGAGACGGGCAAGGGUGUCACCAAGCAACGCAAGGAUCAUUCAUUGGCUGAUCGUCUAUUUGCUACCAAUAUUGGCGUAUCUUUCUACACGCCCGAGGUUCAUUUUCUGAACAAGCGCGUAGAGCAGUGGAACAAGCCGGACUUCGAUCCCAGCAGCGUGGAUAACCACAUACCACAGUUUGAGCCAGAUGAUCUACAGUUUAACACAGACAAAUGCGAGAUGAUAAUUAUGGUUGGCCUACCCGGCUCGGGCAAGAGUCACUUUUGCGCCGAGGUGCUCGGUGCCAAAGGCUACAAAAUCGCAAAUGCAGACACUUUGGGUAGCACGCAGGCGUGUCUUAAUGCUUGUCAGCGUGCGCUAAGCGCUGGUCGGUCAUGUGUAGUGGAUAAUACCAGUGUGGACGUGGCAUCGCGUAAAAAAUUUGUAGAUCUUGCCGUGGCAAAGAACAUUCCUUGUCGUUGUUUCGUGAUGAAUGUGACGGCGGCGCAGGCGAAACAUAAUAUUGUCUAUCGGGAACUGUUGGACACUGAACACUCUUCAAUUAAUGACAUAGUGUUCAACAUGAUGAAGAAAAAGUACCAAGUUCCUACUCUGGACGAAGGCUUUACCACAAUUCACAAAGUUAAUUUUAAGCCGCAGUUUUCCAAUGAUAAGGAUGAAAAAUUAUACAAAAUGUAUUUGCUUGAGAAAUAGCCAUGGCCAUUUAUUCUAAUCUAACGUAAAUAUUCGUUUGGCAAUAUCAUCUAUAAGCCAAUCCAUGGAACUUAACAGCUUCUCUCCGGUUACUGCGCUAACUCCAACUACUAACCAGUGAUGUGUGGUGAUAUCAUCCAAACAUAGUAUCUGUAAACCAUAGUGUUAAAAAUUUGAUAUCCUUAAAAUAAAUAUAUGUCGAUGUA